ACCGAAGGGCGGCAAGGUCAGAUGGCAGUGACGAAGACAGUACAAGAUCAUUUCAUUCGGAUAUAUGACCAAAAGCAGGCUACACGCGAGAAGAUCCCUCAGCAACGGAGCUGCUCACCUACAUGGGCAUAUCCGGCAUGUUGUUGGUAGGGUCCUAUGCCGUUCGAGUCUUUGUGCACAAACGAAUGGACCCAAAGGUCUCUAAGGAGUCGUCGAUCUCCGACGCCCCGUACGUGGACGUCGACUCGCUGGACUAUGGGUUCAGUACCGGAUCUCGUGCUGUGAAGCCUCUUGCUGGGCCGAAGCUCUACCCCGAGAGAUGGCUCAUGCUCUUCGUCUACAGCUUGAACAUGUGCACCCUCUCCGUCCUCGCCUCCGCCCUCCCCUCCUCUCAGCUGCCGGCCCAGCAGCUGUAUGGGGUCGAUGCGUAUCCCAUCGUCACGCUCAUGUCGGUGCUCGUCUUCCUCACACUCCCCGGGACCGCCAUGUCGAGCCUGCUGUUCCCCCGGUACGGCAUCAAGGGAACGUGCUGCAUCGGCCUCUUUCUGGGGGCUCUGGGAGCAUGGAUGAUGGUGGUUGCCGCGUACAAGAGGAGCUGGAACCUGCAGAUCGCAGCCACGGUGAUGUCUGGGUUGGGAGGGCCCAUGUUAGCAAACGCAUGCACGGGGUUUGUCUGCUAAAUGGUUCGGUUUUCAUGA